AUGGCAUUGCCUAAUAAUGAUAUUGGAGACGAAGCUAGGGAAGUUCUGUCUACUCAGGCACACAUAUGGAACCAUACAUUCAACUUCAUCAGCUCCAUGUCACUCAAAUGUGUAAUUCAGCUCCGAAUUCCAGAUAUCAUCCAUAGCCAUGGUCGAGCCAUGACCCUCUCCGAUUUAGUGAAUGCCCUCUCUAUCAACAAAUCCAGAGGUCAGGAUUCUAUUUAUCGUCUCAUGCGUAUGCUAAUUCAUGCCGGCUUCUUUAUUCAAGAAGAAGAGGGUUAUUUACUUACUCCGUCUUCACGUCUUCUCCUUAAAGAUGAGCCUAAUAAUUUGAGCAUGAUUCCUUUCAUUCAAAUGAUACUUGAUCCAAUUAUGAUGGAUCCGUGGCACUAUCUCAGCCAAUGGAUCCAAAAUGGCGGGACUUCUCCAUUUGCCACCACUCAUGGGAAGCACAUCUUUGUAUUUAAUGAAGCUAUGGCAGGUGAUGCCCGUUUGGUCAUGAGCGUGUUGAUUCAAAAUGGGAAGGGAGUUUUUGAAGGGUUGAAAUCGUUGGUGGACGCUGCAGGAGGCACUCGAACCGUAGCUAAAGCUAUUGCUGAAGCAUUUCCACAAAUAAAUUGUACUGUCUUAGAUUUGCCUCAUGUAAUUGAAGGGCUUGAAGGAAGCAAGAACCUGAGCUAUGUCGGAGGAGACAUGUUUAACUCCAUUCCUUCUGCCGAUGCAGUUGUACUAAAGUCAGUGCUACUUGACUGGGAGGACGAAGAUUGUAUAAAAAUAUUGAAGAAAUGUAAAGAAGCAAUUUCAAAUAAGGAGAAUGGAGGAAAGGUGAUCAUCAUUGACAUGGUACCGAUAGAUCAUAACGUAGAGAAAGAAGACGACGACAGUAAGACAUAUGAAACUCAACUUUUCUAUGACAUGCUUAUGAUGGUUGCUGUUUCUGGAAAACAAAAAAGGGAACAAGAAUGGGCAAAACUCUUCUAUGAUGCUGGUUUUAGUGACUACAACAUUAUUCCUAUCUUAGGAUUAAGAUGUGUUAUUGAGGUUUACCCUUAA